ACGUAGUUCAGUCCAACCUCACAGUCUCCAUGUGGACGACCGUCGCAAAUGACACAUAACCGUUGCCGCAGACGAUGAGGCAUCGGUGUGACCUUCGCAGCCACAAGGAUGCGGAAAACCUUGCUUCUUGUCUUUAUCCACGGCUUCAAGGGCGGUGACGAUACCUUUGGCUCGUUCCCGGAGCACCUGCGGACUCUUCUCAGCCAUGCGCUGCCCGACGUUGACGUUGUCAGCGUGACAUAUCCCAAGUUCGAGACUCGGGGUGACUUGAAAGACUGCGUGGCACGUUUUCGAGAAUGGCUUCAGAACAAGGUGAUCGACUUGGAGGUGGCUCGGUCGACGCCAUCCCCGACCGUCGACCCUUCGGUGCAUGUGAUGUUACUUGGACAUUCCAUGGGCGGGAUUGUCGCGGCAGAAACGUAUCUCGUUCUGGCAAACGAACAACCGUUGCCAAACGUUGACCAGCGGCAGAAUGCCACGAACUCCACUUCACACCCAACCAAAUCUCAACACCGUGAUUUUCUUCCCACCCACAGCUUCAUGUUCCCACAUAUCCAAGGUGUCCUGGCUUUUGACACACCCUUCCUCGGACUGGCGCCGGGAAUGGUGGCCCAUGGAUUGGAAGGAGGCCACAAGUUCGUUUCCAAUGCCUUCAGCACGUACAACGAAGUGGCCUCGAUGUUCGGCUGGGGCUCCAAGUCUGAACCCAAUAUCGCCACGUCAAGGGCGUCGAGCUCUAGGGCACUCCCGGCGCCAAGUUCCGCUACAGUGGACGCGGCAGCCGCUCCGCGAUGGCAGUCGUGGGGCAAAUACGCCAUGUUUGCCGGGGCGGCCGGCGCGGUCGUUGCUGGCGGCGCAGCGGCGUUGUAUUCCCAUCGCGAGAAACUGAGCGCCGGAUGGCAAUGGGCAUCCGACCAUCUUUUGUUUGUGGGCGAGUUGUUUAAGCCGGAGUUUUUGCGCAAGAGGGUGGAAAACCUAGAACAGGGAUUCAAGGAACGAGGCGGUGGAUGUGCGAACCUCUACACCAAUCUCGGCAAAGGCGCACGCGAAGGCUAUGGGAUCACGGCCUCCGUGGCUGGCAAGGAAAGGACGUUUUGCAAUUUGCCUGUGUAUAUCGGCAAAGAUGGCAAGCAGAUGACACGCAACGAUAAGACAGAUGGAGAACGACGACCAGGUAUGGAGUGGGUGAAAGCCGUCAAUGAGAAAGCCGGCGAUGAGACCGUGGCCCAUGUGUCCAUGUUUUCACCGCGGGACAAUCCAGGCUACUAUGCCCUGGGUGAGCGAGCCAAGGAGUUCCUUGCAGGCUGGGUUGAUCAAGGAUGGUAUCGUGCCAGCAGCGGACCAACAGCCCUGGGUAAGGACCAUGGGAUCAACUAUGGUGAAGUCGGUGAUGGUUGGGAGAAACCGGACUAUGAUGCGGAAGAUGUUCGAGCGAAAGAACGGGAACGAGACCGUCAGGACGAUCGACCCACAACCGAAGCGGAUAUGGAUGUUACUCUAACCCGGGAGUGGGAUUCGGUUGAAAUGAGAAGACGCAGUCUAGACGAUCCCGAUGAUGAUGACGAGGUCACAAUGCGGGACGAUGAUCAUGAGGAUGAGGAUCUUGAGGCCAGCGUCAUUGUUGAGAAGGCCGCCAAUGGAGACGUUGCGCUCCCAACGCCAAAAGGGGCCACUGGGCUAUGAAUACCACAUUGGAGAUUACUUUUUUCUCUGUUGCAACUUUCAGGGGCGUGAGUCAGGUCCAUUCCUUUAUUCCUUAAGGAGAAUGGGUCGCAAUGGUACACAAGAAGCACUGCGCCAAGAGAAUGAGUGGACUGUGAUAUCGAUAUCAGGGCCUACUGGAAGAAGAUGAAGCACGAAGGAUCUGACCUGGAGUGCCGCACAGCCAAAGGGAAGUAGGGAAGAUCACCUUCUCCACACUCUAUCGGACGACCUCCCAAGAAUUGGCCGAACCGGUCAGUCAACUUCGAAGAGACAGUCGAGUGGUUGAGGUUUUCCUGUAAGCGCCUCUUUUAUCACCAAGGGAGCGAGGUCAGGUCCCAUAGACGACUGACGUUCUUGCAGCUGCCCCGAGACAUGAGGCCAAGGAUAGCGCUUAGCGCUUUAAACUCGAGGGCGAAUGACGCAUGCCACAACAUGACCACAGACACAAAUUCGAACUAGGGAAGGACAUGCUGGACGAGGAAGGGAAACCAAGGCACAGGAAUGGUCCUGGAAGUUCAGCGUUGGUCCCUCCAACUGACUGUGGCAUGGUAAUAUCCAUAUCGUUGAUGUAUUCAAUCAUCAUUCAAGCUCGACCUUUAUCGCAAGGACAAAGGAGCAAACGUGGAUUUAUGAUCCCGAAAUCUUUCAACCUGUCCCACUCUGCUCUUCACUGCCUCUCUUUUCAGGAAUCCGCUGCUGCCCUUCUUCCACCAUGCCCUCGCACCCCGUGAGUUUGCCCGCGGCGUUUUCGACCGUGCCGAGCAGCGUCGACUGCAUCGGUUGGCCACUGCUGUUCGACUGCGCUUUGGCGUCUUUCAUCUCCUGCACGGCUUCGGAUUUGGUCUGUUGGCCCGUUUCGUAACCGAGGGCGGACGAGACGGCGCCUUGGACGUACUAGUAUGGCUGGUUAGUUGAGUGAUUUUGACUUGGGUAGUGAUUGUGUCUGUUGUGUUGUUCGUUGUGGCUGGCUCGACUUACCUUGACGUGCCCUCCCACCAUGGACGGUUCGUGGGAGUCGGACGAUGAGGAUUGGGAUUGGGAUUGAUCGGACGACAUUGUGUUGUAUGGGGAUGGGAGACGGGGCGGGUGUGUUUCUUUUUUCUCGUUUUUGGGUUUCAGUAGCCUGGGCACGGGUUUGUGUCUUCAGUGAUUGCUUUAAAUGAAUGAAAGGGACGUUGCUUGUUGCUGGCAAACGGACACUGUACUCACCAGGUGUUUGUUGAGAAAAUGCAAUGAUGUCAUCGA